GUCACACUACCAGCAUGAAGUGUUUCUACUCGCGUAAACAAACUAUUCAUAAUGCAUUUGUUUGUUUACUGCCAAAGAAGCUAGAACAGCACAUGGAGUCUUGCAAGAAGCUGCAGUGAAGCUUCUGCAUGCAGCGCUGUCAAUCAACAAUGAUGAAGGUGCUCCAGACUCCUCCUCCCUCCUCACGUAGAGAAGUUGUGUGUGUGGAGGAUCUCCACGCAGACGUCCAAGCAUCGAGCGAAGAAGGGGUGGAAAGUUAGUCUCUCACCGCUAAUGUUGCACCAAUCCCGGGUACUUUUGAGCAAGCGGAUACGGCUCUGAGGACGGUGAACAGUGGAAGCACCAGCACGAGGAUGGCUUUGUAGGAGAGAGAGCAGCGUACCCAACAGUAUGCGGCGUAGCGAUGGCAGGCAAUGGUAAGACCGCGGUGAGGACGCUGGAGGACUUAACGCUCGAUUCCGGUUAUGGUGGCGCCGCGGACUCGGUCAGGUCGUCCAGCGUGUCGCUGUGUUGCUCCGACCCGCCUCAGUCCUUCUCGCAUGGGGGCAACCGCUGGCAUCUGACGGAAUCCAUGCACAGCCGACAGAACAGCUUAGAAACGGUCAACACCGUCCUGGCCGAGGACACGGAGGUGCUUGAGUGCGCGGCCCAGUGCGCCAAGCUGCCCGAGCUGGAAGAGGUGCCGUGGAGCCUGGCCGAGGUGGAGGGAGCGCUGCGGCGGGACGAGGAGCUGCUGUCCGCCGGAGAACGUCCGCCUCCGGAGGUCCUGGCGCGUCUCUCCGCGCUCGUCAGCCGCGCGUUGGUGCGUGUGGCCCGGGAGGCGCAGCGGCUCAGCCUGCGCUACGCAAAGUGCACCAAGCUGGAGAUCCAGAGCGCCGUCAAGGUGGUCCUCUCCUGGACUAUAUCUGUCAACUGCAUCGCGGCCGCUCUGAGCGCGCUCUCCCUUUACAACAUGAGCACCGGGGACAAGUUCAGCCGCGGCAAGUCGGUGCGCUGCGGGCUGGUCUUCUCCGUCGGGAAGUUCUUCAGGUGGAUGGUGGACAGCCGCAUGGCACUCCGGAUCCACGAACACGCCGCUAUCUACCUGACGGCAUGCGUGGAGAGCCUCUUCAGGGAGGUGUUCGGCCGCGUCCUGCGGAGCGCGCUGCUGCAGAGGGACAACGGCGUUCCCAAGUUGAGCCUGGAGGCUCUGGAACAAGCCGUCGGCGGGGACUCGGAGAUUUGGGGGCUGCUGCAGCCCUACCAGCACCUCAUCUGUGCCAAGAACUCCAGCGGUGUGCUGAGCCUGCCUGAGAGUCUCAGCCUCCAUCGGGACCAGCAAUGCUCUGGCCGAGGCUGCGGCGGCGGGGGCGAAGGUCACGGCUACACGCAGGCCGAACUACGCACGGUAGAGCAGUCGCUGCUCGCCACGAGGGUGGGCAGCAUCGCAGAGCUGAGUGACUUGGUGUCGCGGGCCAUGCACCACCUGCAGCCGCUGCACAUCAAGAACCCCAGCAACGGCACCCCGCUCCACCAGAAGAGCAACACCAGCGUCCACUGGGAGCCAGAGGCCCUCUACACUUUGUGUUACUUCAUGCACUGCCCACAGAUGGAAUGGGAGAACCCCAACGUGGAACCCUCAAAGGUCACCUUGUACACUGAGAGGCCGUUCUUGGUGCUGCCGCCGCUGAUGGAGUGGAUCCGAGUGGCGGUGGCGCACACGGAGCACCGCCGCAGCUUGUCGGUGGACAGCGACGACAUCCGGCAGGCCGCCCGGCUGCUGCUGCCCGGCGUCGACUGCGAGCCUCGACAGGUCAAGGCUGAAGAUUGUUUCUGCGGCGCCAGGAAGCUGGAUGCCGCCUCCACCGAGGCCAAGUUCUUGCAAGAUCUGGGCUUCAGGAUGCUCAACUGUGGACGCACCGACCUGGUCAAGCAGGCCGUCAACCUGCUGGGACCCGACGGCAUCAACAGCAUGAGCGAGCAGGGAAUGACGCCGCUCAUGUACGCCUGCGUGCGCGGCGACGAGGCCAUGGUCCAGAUGCUGCUGGACGCCGGCGCCGACAUCAACAGCGAGGUGCCCAGCACAGUAAACAAGCACCCCUCAGUUUACCCCGACGCACGCCACGGGACGCCACUCACUUUCGCCGUCCUGCACGGACACGUCCCUGUCGUGCAGUUGUUGCUGGACAACAGCGCCAAUGUGGAGGGCUCGCUGCAGGACGGGGCUGAGAACUACACGGAGACGCCGCUGCAGCUGGCAUCGGCCGCAGGCAACUUUGAGUUGGUGAGUUUGCUCCUGGACAGGGGGGCGGACCCUAUGAUCGGGACAACGUGUCGAAACGGCAUCUCAUCGGCGCCACUGGGGGACAUGAACUCGUUCAGCUUGGCGGCGGCGCACGGACACAGGAAUGUAUUCCGGAAGCUGCUGUCCCAGUCGGAGAAGGAAAAGGGUGACGUUCUCUCGCUGGAGGAAAUCCUGGCUGAAGGUUCCGCGCCUAGGGAGAAGAGCAUGGCUCUGCAGGCCAACGGCGGCGGCAGCAGCGGUGGGACGUUACGAACAGGAAAGGCCAAGCUGCGAGCCCUGAGAGAGGCCAUGUACCAUAGUGCCGAGCACGGCCAUGUGGACAUCACCAUAGACAUCCGCAGCUUAGGCGUUCCCUGGACGCUGCACACCUGGCUGGAGUCCCUGAGGACCUCCUUCAUCCAGCACCGCCGCCCGCUGAUCCAGGGCCUGCUCAAGGACUUCAGCUGCAUCCAGGAGGACGAAUACACGGAGGAGCUGAUCACACACGGCCUGCCGCUCAUGUUCCAGAUCCUUCGCUCCAGCAAGAACGAGGUGAUAAGCCAGCAGCUGUCGGUCAUCUUCACCCAGUGCUAUGGACCCUUCCCCAUCCCCAAGCUGACGGAGAUCAAGAAGAAGCAGUCCUCGCGUUUAGACCCGCACUUCCUCAACAACAAGGAGAUGUCGGACGUCACCUUCCUGGUGGAGGGGAAACCCUUUUAUGCACACAAAGUUCUGCUUUUUACAGCGUCGCCAAGGUUCAAGUCGCUGCUGCAGAACCGACCCGCGGCUGAGAACACCUGCAUCGAGAUCAGCCAUGUCAAGUAUAAUAUUUUCCACUUGGUCAUGCAGUACCUCUACUGCGGCGGCACUGAGUCCUUGCACAUACGCAACACCGAAGUCAUGGAGCUCCUCUCCGCCUCCAAGUUCUUUCAACUGGAGGCCCUUCAGCGACACUGUGAGAUCAUCUGCUCCAAGAACAUCACCACGGAAACCUGUGUGGACCUCUACAAGCACGCCAAGUUCCUCGGCACCACAGAGCUGACGUCCUUCAUCGAGGGCUACUUCCUGAAGAACAUGGUGCUGCUGAUCGAGCUGGACGGCUUCAAGCAGCUGCUCUACGAGCCGCCCGCCGAGACCCCCGCCUCCGCCGGCUCGGACAUCCUGCGCGACCUGGAGAAGACGCUGGCGACGCGCAUCCACUCCAUCCACCUGUCCACCUCCAAGGGCUCCGUGGUGUGACGUGACAAGCAGGAGAGCGGAUCUUUGGAAAAGGACGCCCCCAGACGGACCUUAUGAUCACGGGUGAUCAGUAGCAACGCCAGCAGAGGAACCUUUGUGCAUCUGGGACACGUUUCACCGUGUCUCCAGGCCAUCGUUUUGCAUGUCCCGCCUCCUCGAUGGCUUUUUAUGCAGAACUUCUUCAAGGACGACGGAGGACGAGGAGGAAGGAAGGACGGAAAUAAUGCAAAGUGUAAAUAGAAGGACGUGCUGUUUCUUCUGAUGUGCGUCCUCCCGUGUCCAACCUUGUCUUGAGCGUGUAUGUCCAUGCUGCACGUCUGUAGCCGUCCGCCAUCUUGCUUUUAGGUGCGCUCGCUGUGCAGACAGGUCAGAAAGGCUAUUCCCCUCUUCUUAUUUUUUCCAUUAGAGAGGGCAUGAAUACGCAGCUGUGCCUAAUAAAGUGGCUGCUAGAUGUUAACGCAGGAUGUGGAAGUAUAAAACAUCAUGAUGCCGUCAGUGAUGAUGCAACCGACCAGUCCACCGAAUCGGUGCCAUUUGCGUCCCUAGGAAAUAAAACGUAGAAAUGCACAAAAAAAUGAACUGCAAAAGACAUUUUAUUAUGAAGCAAAUUACAUUUUAUAUUGUUUUACAUUUCAUAUUUAUAUUUUAAAAAUAAACUUACAAAUAUUUAAGUAUUUUUAAGUUUAUUUUCUAAAUAUAAAUAUAAAAUGUAUUGUAUACAAUAAUAAUAUAGAUUAUAUAAUCACAUAACAUUUUAAAUAGUUAAAUAUUUUUAAGUUAAUUUUCUUUCAAAAAAACCCAAAACAAACCAAUUUAGCAGAUUUUCACUCAGUCCGGUCACCCUAACACAUUAUUUUUAAAAACAUUUACAUUUUAGAUUUAGUAUUUUAUAUUUUUAAAAUAAAUGUAAAAAUGACUUCAAUAUUUGGAAGCUAUUUUAAAAACAGAAAUAUAACAUUUUUAAUUAAAAUAUAUAAUCAUAUAAAAUUCAAAAUAUUUAAAUACUUUUAAGAAUAUUUUCUUUAAAAAAGGACACAAUUUAGUUAAAAUUCAGUCGUGUCUCUAGAUUUUCACCCAGUCCUGUUACCCUAACACAUUAUUUUUUUUUAAAACAUUAACAUUUUAGAUUAUUGUGUAUUUUAUAUUUAUAUAUUUAAAAUAAAUGUAAAAAUAUCUCAAUAUUUUUAAAUUAUUUUAAAAAUAGAAAUAUAGCAUUUUGAAUGAAAAUAUAUUAGAUAAUCAUGUAAAAUUCUAAAUAUUUAAAUACUUUCAAUACAUUUCAGCAUAUUUUCUUUUAAAAAAGAAACAAUUUAGUUCAAAUUCACACUUUAGUCAUGCUCCUAGAUUUCUACUCACUCCUGUUAACUAACACAUUAUUCAAUAUUUAAAAAAAAAUACAUUUUAUAUUUAUAGAUUUAACAUAAGUACAAAUAUUUCAAUAUUUGUACAUGUAUUUAAAAAUAUCAAUAUAUUUUAAAUGAAAAUAUAAUAUAUAAUCCUAUAAAAGUUAACAUAUUUGAAUAUUUUUACGUUUAUUUAAAAAAAAAACACACACAUUUUAGUCAUGCCUCUAGAUUUUCACUCAGUCGUGUUACUAAACUGAAAAGUCUGCCACAUGGUCCACAUUAUUCAAAUCCUCUGCAGGCCAAGGGAACGCCAAAAGUAGAAUUCUUUUUCUGUAUAUUUGAUGAUAUUUCAACUGCGACUCUCAGCACAGUCCUGUUACCUAAAUGAUUUAUUGUCUGUUUAUUUUGAAAAUACUUUGUACUUUGUUGAAUCACUGUAAUGUGCUUAGUGGUCAACAACGCUAUAAGCAUAAAUACCAUUUAGCUUUAUUUCAUGUAUUUGCUCAUUCUAUACUGAAAACGCGUACUCCUUUUACAGGUACUUCCAGUCCAGCUGCUCAAAUGAGUCAUUUCAGCUUCGGAAACUUGUAGAAAAAUGAAAAAAAGUUGUGAGAUCAAAUCAAAGAGACGGGUCAAUGCACAAUUUGAGUAGUUACAUUCGUGCAUUAUUGGAUAAGAGAAACAUGUUACCUUUAUUUUGAGAGUUACAACAAGCAAAUGGCACAGAUUCAGUGGAAUGGCCCUGACUGAUUUUUUAUUUUUUAACAAAAUACGUGUCCAGUCCAGCAGAAAACCAAAAAAUAAAAAAAAAACAUUAAAAAGCCUUGUUGCACAUGAGGCUUCAAUUCACUUCAAUUCUGUAAAUAGAACAUGAAAUGCUAUCAUGUCUUUUAUUUUCUUACAUACAGCUCUAUAGAUUCCAUUUGCCUUGACAGAGAUCUUGUUUUAUAGCAGAUAAUAUAAGAAGCAAUAUUUCAAUGAGAGUCUAUUUAGUGUAAAUGUGAAAAGAGCCAGCCUUGACAAAAAGAGGAAAUCAACUUUUUAUUUUUAUUUUUUUCCAACAUAUGUUUUCUUUUAAAUGUAUUUUUAUUUUGAAAGCGUAGAAGCCAAGCCACCUCACGUCCGCCUGGGAAAUAAGAAUAAGGUUUUAUAAUGAUGUCAAGCACUUUUUGUGCCAACGUUACUGUAGCCCCGUGCGCAAUCCAACUUUAUUUGACGUUCUGUCGGGCUUGAGCAGGAGAGGCUUGAUGGAGGAACGAGGCAGGCUUUUGUUGCAUUACCGCUCUGUUCCUCAAGAGGCGACGACGAGUCGUCGUAGCGUGAGGCGACUCACUUCAAACGCUUUCUUGUGCUUUUCCUCCGUUCUUACUGCAACUGUCGACGUUGAAAGCGUGCAAAGAGAUGACCUACAAACUGUACCUUUAGCAGCUCUAUUUGUCGUAUCGUUUGCUCGCUUGCGCCCCCACUGGUGCUCCGAUGCUAUGACGGAAGUGGCGGUGGAGUAGCCGCAGGACUGCAUGGCUCUUCUUGUUUCAUUGUUGUUGAGAAUGCGCUCCUCCGUCCAACGAGACACGUCCCAGUGUUGAUUUGCCUGCUUCAAUGUUCCUGCUGGUAACAACUAGAUUGUUGCAUGGGAUACUCAGUAGACUUCACCACCCCGGGGAGGGAGCUUUUUCUGCCUUUCAGAACAUGUAUAUUGUACAAAUUAUACAUAUAUAUAGAAAAGUAUAACUUAUACAUGGUGUGAGAAGCAGGGAUGUAGUCUUAAGAGCAAAGAGGAAUGUUACACUCUGUGCUACACUUUCCAUGUUUUUGUGGACAGACAAAUAAAUGACCACAUUUUCA